AUGCUGCUCCCCCAGAAUGGCCGACUCUCUUUGCGAGGAGUGCCGCGGUAUAAAGAGCAUGCACAUGCAGAAGCGGAGCUGCUGAGAGAGAUCUUAAGAUGUGACCCGGGUCGGCAGAGCUUCUGCGUGAAGCUCCUGGGGGAGUUCACCCAUGCCGUGGCGCAUUGCUGUUUAGUCUUUGAGCUCUUGGACAUCAGCCUCUCUGAUUUCAUGCGAGACACUGAUGAUCGCGGACUACUACUGAGAGACAUCCGAACGAUUGGAUCCCAGAUGCUGCAGUGCCUCCAUUUUCUGAGUGCCAUGGGCCUCACACAUACCGACAUCAAAUGUCGGAAUGCCAUGUUGAAGGACUCCCGUGGCGAUAUGGUGCCCCAUCCACGCAAAGAUGGGCAAGAACUGAAAAGGUUGCGCAGAUGUGAAAUCCGUGUGAUUGACUUCGGCGGAGCUGUGUUGAAGAAGGAGCGGCAUAGCAGGCACAUUGGCACCAGGCAGUAUCGUUCACCUGAAGUCGUUCUGGGCCUUGCUUGGGAUGAGAAGACGGACGUCUGGAGUCUGGGCUGCAUCCUACUGACGCUCUACACUGGGCAACGACCCUUCCCCGUGCAGAGCAGCCUGCAACACCUGGCGCUGAUGCAACGGGUCAUCGGCACCUGA